UCUUUCUCAUUGAAAUCACAGACAUUAGCGAGAAAAUCUUUAAUUAGGGGAAAACAAACCAUAAAUUAAUGCAAGGAACUUUAUAAAUUGACCCAAAUUCAUCUGAUUGAUCAGUCGAUCGCUUGCGAUACAAAAGAUGGCAACCAAUACCCCACUAUUCCUCCCCCUCGUAAUGGUCGCGUUGUUCCUUCAGACCGCUUAUGGAGGUGAUUUAGGAGUCUACUGGGGCCAAGAUAGCGAUGAGGGAACCCUGUCCGAGGCCUGCGCCACCAGAAAAUAUGCUUCAAUAAACAUAGCCUUCCUCAACCAGUUUGGCCAUGGCCGGAAACCGGAGUUCAACCUCACUGCUGGUCACUGCGGUCCUUCCUCCUCGGGGUGCCAAGCAGCCAUACGGGAGUGCCAGAGUAAGGGCGUGAAGGUGUUCCUCUCCAAUGGCGCAACAGACGGGAACUACUCACUGGCAUCCAAAGACGAUGCCAAAAACAUGGCGGACUAUUUGUGGAAUAGCUACCUCGGCGGGAAGUCGUCCUCCCGCCCCCUGCGGGAGGCCGUUCUUGAUGGUAUCGAUUUCACCUUAGAGGCGGGUGCUCCCACAGACUUCUACAGCGACCUGGCAGGUUUCCUGUCUGGUUACAGCACUCAGGGGAAUAAGGCUAUCAAAACGCCCUGCUAGGAGCCCGGGACAAGGGGGCUGCGUUCAUAAAGGCUAGGAAGAUACUCCUCCGCUUGCCUGUGAAGAUGCAGCCGAAGACGGGUACAUCCCGGCCGAACGAGCUGAUGAAUUUGAUACUUCCACCCAUCAAGAGAUCGUCGAAAUACAGAGGCGUGGUGCUGUGGUCCAAGUACUUCGAUGACAAGAAUGGAUGCAGUAACGCCAUCAAUGCUGCCGUAUAAGCACCUUGCUAUGCAUUAGGGCUCCUAUUUGAGUCAAAUUUCCUUUUAUUAUGUCAUUUGAUCCCAUCAAUCAUGUCAAAAUAUCAUUAACGCCGAUAACACUGUGAUAAAACAAUUUUGAAUGGUUAAAGAGAACCUGUUUUCAUCCGAUA